UAAAAUCUCUUUUAAACAUAGUAAAAUUUAUCACAAAUACUCACCCAGUUUAACACAUAACAUAAAACAUACUUUAAAAACAUAUAACCCAAAUGGGUGAGAUUAUGUCACUUUGAUCCAAACCUGACCCAUUUACUUAAAUGGGUUUAGGCUCGACCCUAAUAAUUAUUAUUUUAUACACAUCAACAAAACCGAAAACAGACAAAAGUUUGAAAAGUAAACAAAUGAAAAAAUAGGAUAAGCAUCAAACCAUGUACAGAAAAUUUAUGCGCAAGCGGUAUCGGGCAGCACACCAACACCGCCACAGGAUCCAACGCACACAGCUUCCAGACAAUAUCUAUCCAUCACCAAUCUUGGAUUACGUACACCUUUCCAUAAUUAACCUCUAUAUAUACUAACCCCACUAUCUGUCAUCCCAAAACAUUGGACAAACAAACAUUUCAUCAAACACCUUGUGUGCACUUUCACUACACUUGUAAACAUUUCAUCGAACACCUUGUGUGCAAUUUAUAUUCAGCCAUGAAUUCUUAUGAAUCCUCAACAAAACCCACAUCUCCAGGCUCCUUCUCGUUCACUGGAUUCUUCCGUCGAUUAUUAUCCUCCCCAUCAACGAAACCCUCAUCUUUCUCAGCACCAAUUUCUUGCAACUCCGAUGACAUUCAUCAGGUUUUCAACUACUUUGAUGAGAACGGGGACGGUAUGAUAUCGGCAACGGAGCUGAAGAACAGGCUGAGGAAGGUGGGUGGGGAGGAGGUGCAGUUGUCGGACGAGGAGGCGGAGAUGGCGGUGAGGUUGUCGGAUGCUGACGGAGAUGGGGUGUUGGGGUUGGAUGAUUUUGCGAAGAUGAUGAAGGAGGGGGAGGAGGAGGAGUUGAAAGGGGCGUUUGGGAUGUAUUCGGGUCGAGAGGGGCGUGUGAUUACGCCGAAAAGUUUGAAGAAGAUGAUGCGGCGGUUGGGGCAGUCGACGACGGUGAACGAGUGUAAGGAGAUGAUCGGAAGAUAUGAUGUUAAUGGUGAUGGGGUGAUGGAUUUUGAUGAGUUCCGGGCCAUGAUGAGCUAGAACUGACGCGAUUCUUUCAUGUUGAUAUGUAAACUACCAUAUAGUUUGUUGGGUAUGUGUAUAAAACUAAAAUGUAUACCAUUGCUUGUUGUUUUGAUAUACUCCUUUUGUUUUAAGGAGUGUUUUCUAUCUUUUAAAGGGAUUUUAACUUAUGGUA